UUGGAUUGGUUCAAAUAAAUGUCAAUCAUUCAGCAGUGGGUGGAUUCAGGAAAAGAUGGCUACCUUGUCUGUUGGCGAGCCCCAAGAAAUGGAAGUUGAUAGGAGGGGAGAGUCAGAGGAAUCUGGCGAUGAUGAGACUAAGAGGAAGAGCAUCAAUGGAGAAGCUGACCCUCAGCAACCAUCAACAGAUAAAGAGGAGUCUCCUGUUGAUAUGGACACUAUAACCCUUGAUCCUGAAGAGGAGGAUGUAGAUCUUAUCCAUUGCCGAAUUGGCAAGAUUGAGGGGUUAGAGGUCUUACAGAAGGCAAAGACACUUUCUCUCAGACAGAACCUCAUUAAGUGCGUUGAGAAUCUUGAAAGUCUGGUGUCAUUACGGGAGCUGGACCUCUAUGACAACCAGAUCCGCAAAUUGGAAAACCUUGAUGCACUCACUGAGCUGGAGCAGUUGGACGUAUCCUUUAAUGUCUUGAGAAAAACGGAGGGUGUGGAGCAGCUCAGUAAGCUCACCAAGCUCUUCCUGCUUCACAACAAGAUAGCGUCCAUUGCCAACCUUGAUAACCUGACCAACCUGGAAAUGCUAGAGCUUGGGUCCAAUCGCAUUCGGAUGAUAGAGAAUCUGGAUUCACUGUCUUCUCUGCAAAGUUUGUUUCUCGGAACAAAUAAAAUCACCCAGUUGCAAAACCUUGAUGGCUUACAUAAUCUCACCGUCCUCAGUAUUCAAAGCAAUCGGAUCACAAAAAUGGAGGGUUUGCAAUGUCUAGUAAACUUAAAGGAGCUGUACCUGAGUCACAAUGGAGUUGAAGUUAUUGAGGGAUUGGAAAACAAUAAAAAGCUGACAACUCUGGACAUCGCUGCCAACCGGAUAAAAAAAAUUGAAAAUAUCAGCCACCUGACAGAGUUGCAGGAGUUCUGGAUGAAUGAUAAUCAAAUUGACAACUGGUCAGAUCUUGAUGAGCUGAAGAAUGCCAAAGGCUUAGAGACGGUUUAUCUAGAGAGGAACCCGCUACAAAAGGACCCUCAGUACAGACGCAAGAUCAUGUUGGCUUUGCCCAGCGUUAGGCAAAUUGAUGCCACCUUCAUCCGCUUUUGACCACCUCCGUGAUGUGCAGCUUGCCUCCCAAUGCCAGUCUCGCUUCCCACCCCGUCCCCAACGCACCAUGUAUGCAACACUCCCAUCCUUAGGGUCAGUCAUGUAUACACCUUUAUCUCCCUUCUCUUCAUCACAUCCCCUCGCCACCACCACCCUGUUUAUCUUGGCAACACACAAACACAUGCAAAGGCGCACACUGAGACUUUUUGUGUGUUCUUUUAUUAAUCAGCUUAAUAAACUGCAAUGAGAAACAUGGAGAGGGAGGUGUGGGAGGGCCUGUGCUGAGGCCUCAGACCUCGUGAUAUGAAGCCAUCUCUGUGCAUGUAGAUUUGGGAAUGGUGCUGUAGCAUUCCACCCACUCCCCUCCCACCUUGGAGAUUAAAAUGAGUGUGAUGUAAGGAUUUCUAAGGCUCAUUCUGAUAAAAAAUUUUUUUAUAAGUGUGUCUAGGAGAUAUCCUCCAGAUUUAACGAAGUUGGACAAAGAUAUGUCAAGACUUCAUAUUCAUUUGUUUUAUUUCUUCCCUUUCACCCAAAUUGGAUCUUCCCAAUAACAAACCCUACAGUGACAGUUGCCUUCAGUGCAAAGUGCGUUGUAUUUUCUGUACAGCUGCUUUUUGCAUACUGUGCAAUGUUGCUGAAUUUGCAUCAAAAUGGUUGUAUUGGCAGACACCUACUCUUUCUCACAACUUGAAAAAUACAUUCUGCCAUAAUCUGCAUGUGGCACCAUGAGGUAAUUUUGUUGAAGGCAUUAUCUUUGGUAGUAUCUGAAUGGCAGUGCACUUUGUUUUCACUGACGAGCACACUGUCCUACUAACAAAUAUAAUAAUGUUUGGUGUGAGUGAGGGAUUUGUCAACAUCAUUGUGCGGCAUUGUUGAAUGGGUGAAACCUUCUGGCCAGAUCCAGGCACUGCUGCAGGACCUGCUGGUAAGGAUUCACUGUCACGGAGUGGCUCAGGUAUUCAGUAUUGAUUUAGCAGGUGAACCUAUGGAAUUGGCGGGAAUGAUAUCCUGUAUUGGCAUGUGUGCUCAGCUCCAGUUGUCCAGUUUAGGAAAAGCAAAGUUUUGGAAAGUACUGUUCCACUGGUACUAUUUGGGAGAGAACCUCUUCACAGGAAUAACUUGGGGACACAUUUUCUUAUUUUGUUUAUUUUUGUUUGGGUUUUACAAGCGCUUGGUUCACUGUUUUGAACUGAAUGUAUUAUUAAAGAAACAGAUUAAACAAUAAAGUUCAUUUUAACAAUG